AUGCCGGCUGCCGCGAGAUGCGAGUUGCUAGGAACUGCUGCCAAAACGCUUUCCGAGAAUGCGCAGGAGGAGACCUGGAGCUGGGGGUUGCUGCACUUCGCUGCACACAAAGGGGAAGUGGGGCUAAUGGAAUGGCUGCUGAAGCAGAAAGCCAGGCCCGAUAUUCCGGACGAGGAGGGCAACACCCCUUUGGUUCUCUGCGCCAAGUCCAACCAUGUUCAGGCAAUGGAGAUGCUCAUGGCCCGUCGCAUGCUUAGAAGUACAGUGGGUGGCUGGGACAAGGAGAACGUGGAGGGCUGCAAAGCCCCGAGGUUUCCGCAGUUUCGUACACACACUCGACUCCAGAAGCCGGUCGUCAUCCACAGCGAUAGCAUGAUCACCGCUGUCCUGGUCACAGUCGCGACCGACAUCACCAGAGCAGACUCUGAAUUUGUGUUUCAUGUCGAGGAGUCCCGCCUUGACGAGUUCAUGCGGGCGGAAAUCAGCAUCUUCGCCAAACGGCGGCCACCUUUGCCCCUGCGCCUCGUCGAUGUGGUCAGCGCAUCCUCGUCGCCGCAGAGACUUGCACGGCUGGUUCACGAGGAGCUUCCGGUACGCUUCGCGCGGCGACUGAAGCACAUCGAGAGGGUGGAGGGCUGGGAGCGAGUUCCAGAGCUUCAGGAGCUCCAUUCCAUGCACGCCCAGUCCUUCCGGGAUCUGCGCCUCGCGGACCCAGCGCAGGUGGCUCCCUACGCGGAGGCAAUCCUGCAGAUUCGCCAGCGCCACAAGCGCAUUCCCCGGCUGUUCGCCGAAGCGGUAAAGCGGAUCGGGUCUGGUGGCAUUUGCGAACCAUCGCCGGACUGCUCCGAGCAGGAAGAGCCCGGCAUGGACUUGGAGGCUGUGGAGCUUUGGGCGGAGACCUUCUUACGCUCCCGGGUGCUCACGGAGAUCUUGAUGUCCCACUUCGAGGUGCGCGUGAAGAACGCCUCCGAAGAGAGAGAGCCAAGCCGGGUGGGCAUCAUCGAUUUGAAGUGCGAUCCCUGGCAGAUUUGCCAGGCCGCCAUCGCGGAGGUUGAGAGCGGGCCGCAUCACUGCCGGAUCGAGGCCGAGAACUCGUCUGGGAACAUUGAGUUCUGCCAUGUCCCAAGAUACUUGUUCUACAUCAUGGAGGAGCUCCUGUCCAACAGUGCACGGGCGGCGUCUCAGAGGGAAGAGGGGCCCAGUGGUUCGGCAGCGCCCAUCAAAGUCUCCCUGUGUGCAGACGACAGCCAGGUGGUGAUUCGCAUCAGCGACCGUGCCGGGGGAAUACCGUCCAGCUGCGCUAGCAAGGUUUGGUCUUACGUCUACACCACAGCAGCCGAUGCACCGCAUGGUGGCCAACGGCGCCACUCGCUGCCUGGGCCUUGGGCAGUUUGUGAGGACUCUCCGGUGGCAGGGCGAGGCAUAGGCCUGCCCCUCUGCCGACUCUAUGCGAUGUACCUCGGGGGCUCCCUGCAUCUGAUGAACCUGCCUGGCUUGGGCGUGGACGCCUACCUCUUUUUGAACAGGAUCGAGCCGCAGGAUGCAUUGGACAGCCUCCAGUGCUGA